AUGAGUCAUUCUGAUAGUAUUAGAUUAAGAAGAACAAAUAUUGCAAUUGUUGACAAAUUAAAUAAUUCAGAUAAUUUAAUGGUGUCAAAUUUAAGUACCAUUGACGAUCAACUUGGUAAUACCGUGAAGUAUACAGUGUCGUCUCCUCAAUUUCUUGAUUCACUUCAACAAUCGCUAGCCUCUGGCCCUUUCAUUGCAGAAUUAUGUAAACAAAUCACGUCGUCACCCGUUUUCGUUGAUUUGAUAACAUCGAUGGUAUCUGUUACGUUAAAACAACAACAAGAAGAGAUUUGUCGGCUACAAAAACGGUUGAUGAUUUUGAUGAGACAGUAG